AUGAGUGUGUUGAAUGGAUUACAAUCAACUCCCGAUACAGGUCUCAAUAAAUCGCCGCCAAACAGUGCAAACAGCAUCACCACAACCACAGCCACCGCUGCCAUCAAAGUCAAAUCCACAGCAAACAAACCUCCCGUACCGUACAAACCGCCGGGUCUUAAUCAGAAGUCAGCGCCCGGUAAACAAACAACACAACACCAGCCCUCGGCACCCGACUCUCAAGGCUAUCAAACAGUGGAUGCUGGUGUGCAGCGGCCACCCACAAUCACGGUGGCCAGUCAUGACACAGGCAGUAUUAAAUCGGAGACCAGUUCACUGUGCCGGCCCCUCAAGUUUGGCGGCCCCACCGGUGGGGGUGGCGAUGAUAUACCAGUCGAUGGCAAUGGCAAUCAGCUUAUUGACAGCCAAUUCAGUGCCAACCCUAACGAUAACGUGUAUAAACCGUGCGAACAAAACUCGGGCACAAUCGGGAGCCGCGCCACACGAUUCCCGACACUCGGCCAGUGCUCGCGCGGCAACAACAAUGACUCGCAGGACAGCGAACGCACCGUUUGCUGCCAUAACCUGGCCAUCGAUCUGUACAACAAGGCCCUGGAGUCGGCCAAGAGGGCGCUGCCCACUAAAUCAUCGAAACAGAGUCGACAACAGUUCCCGCGAAGUUUUGGCGAAGACUUCGAGAGCAUUGGUCCCGAAGGGUUCAACUAUCUGGACGACGGCCAGACCGAGUGCUCGUACGACUACCGGGAUAUCGACUACAACAGGGACUCCAUAAUCAGGCCCGACUUGUUCGCCCACAUGGAUGUGGGCGUACCGGUGCUCAUUGGGGGCGCCGAUACCGGUGACGAGUCGCCCCGAACGGCCGAUGAUUUGCGGCGCCGGUACGGCCUGCCCGACAAACCAGACAGAGUGCAGCCUUAUGUGCCGUCCGGUGCCCAGUCUAACACAUGCCCCGCCACUGCGGUCAUACCAUUAGCAGAGUUUGCAGUUACUAAGCCUAUUGACCAGAAUAAGGUGGUGGUUGUCGAUGGGCAUCAAGACACUGAUGCCGGUGUUAUAGUAAAAGCCAGGGAUAAUACCGGAGCCACUGUGUCAUCAGAUAUAGCGCCUGAACCAAACUUACUCACCGCUACGACAACUGUCUCACAGACACAGACAGUGCCGGAGUCUAAGGCGUCCACUUCUAGGCCAAUGGUGUUGGCGCUGAGCGCUGGACAUCAAACCCAAAUAGCGCUCAAACCGACGGAUAAUCGGCAAACACUGAGCGCCGGGAGCCCAGUGUCGGCCACAGGCGGGUUAAUGGACUCUAUGGCCAAACGCACUUCGCAGCUGAUCAUCGACACGGCUAUACACGAGUCAAUAGCCCGACGCACUACACCCUCCCCUUUAGAGGCCGAGAAUCGAGACAACCGGUCGAAUGAAUCGAAAGCUGAUCCCAAGUCGAAGAAAUCGUCGGCCGAUUCAUCGGCGGUCGCGGCCGACAAAGAUGUGGUCAAACGUGAGCGCAAACUACUGGAGAAACGGCUGAAAGAGGAGGAGAAACAGCGCCGAAAGGCCGAGAAACUGAUCCGCNGAGGGCACACAGACAAACUCCGGGUGCUGUAA